GAGACUUAUUUCGGACUCAAAGAGGAGGCCAAGACCAAGAAGGUCCCGGGCACCAUCCUCACCACAGAGGACAGUUCAUCCCCCUUCUCGUCCUUUGGCGUGCACAAGGUCUUUCCUGAUGGCUCCAUGGUUGUGAAGCUGUUUUCGCGACGCGACCUGCACGACUCAGACAUCCAGCCUUUGUUUCCCAGAGUCUUCGCGACCUUCAAAUACGUCUGGGCAGCCUAUCCCAAGCUCCAGCCGCUGGCCCGUGAGAACUGGGCGAGUUUCAGGCUGGAUGGCCACGCUCUCUUCUACACGUCCGGCCUGGAGACGGGGGCCUCUGCCAUGGAGGUGGCCGCCAUAGCCGGGCGCAAUGGUGCCUUGCUGAUGCGGGAGGCCUUACAGAGACAGGAGCAGCGAGGCAGCCCUCCGAGCGCCAGCGUUUCGGUGUGA